GGGUAUUCCAAACGCGCAGGCGCACUUGUAACGUCGCCAUUUUGUUGACUUUGUUUCUGCUCGCAAUCACCCUACAUAUCGUAUUUUUCUUGAAAAUGUUAUUAUUUUAUAGCGUUAUGUUAACAUAAUUUGUCGAACAGAUCGAAGUAAAAUCUCCAUCCGUUACCGACCCACUAUCACUAUUGCAAUAUAUAGACGAAAAUAUAAUCUAUGGGCAUUAACUACAUACAACGAAUCGUAGUCCUAGUUCGUUCACAUGAAUGAAUGACUGAAGUUGAAACACAGGAAACGUAAUGGCUGGGAAUUUUUGGAAAAGUUCUCAUUAUCAGCAAUGGAUUUUGGAUAAACAAGAUAUUAUGAGAGAAAGGCAAAAAGAUUUAAACAACUUAACAGAAGAAGAGUAUCAAAAACUAAUGAUUUUUUAUGCAAAUUUAAUACAAGCAGUGGGAGAACAGUUAAAAGUCAGACAACAAGUUAUUGCAACAGCAACAAUAUAUUUUAAAAGAUUUUAUUCAAAAAACUCUCUGAAGAAUAUUGACCCUCUGUUAAUGGCACCAACAUGUAUAUUUUUAGCGUCCAAAGUAGAGGAAUUUGGUGUUAUAUCAAACAGUAGAUUGCUUACAGCAUGCCAAACCGUAGUUAAAAACAAGUUUGGUUAUGCAUAUGGUAACCAAGAAUUCCCAUACAGGAUAAGUCAUGUAUUAGAAUGUGAGUUUUUUCUCCUUGAGAUGCUGGAUUGUUGUAUGAUAGUAUAUCACCCGUACAGACCUCUAAUACAAUAUGUACAAGACAUGGGACAGGAAGAACAAGUGUUACCACUUGCAUGGCGUAUUGUAAAUGACAGUUUACGAACUGAUGCCUGUCUUCUUUAUCCGCCAUUUCAAAUUGCAUUAGCUUGUCUUCACAUGGCAUGUGUUAUACUGCAAAAAGAUUGUAAACAUUGGUUUGCUGAGUUAAAUGUUGACUUGGACAAGAUUCUAGAAAUUAGUCAGCUGAUUUUAAAGUUGUAUGAUUUAUGGAAAAACUUUGACGAGAAAAAGGAGAUCCAGGGAUUACUGCCCAAAAUGCCGAAACCCAAGACUCAACCACCGCCUUCAUCCAGGUACACAAGAUAGGAACAUUUUCUCUUGAUAGUUUCCCUAUAUAGAAGACAAAGACAAGAAAGAGUUUGAAAGAGUUUGAGUCCCAUUAGAGUUUCAUUCCCAUUCAAUAAUAAAAAAAAACAUUAGAUCAAACUAGAUGGUAGUGAAACUGCAAUAGGACUUAUUGAUUGACCUUAGAAAUGUGUUUUACAGUGUUGUUUUUCUAUUCUCACUGUAGGCAUGCUAGACACCAUCACCAACACUAUCACCGGCAUCAUCCCCCUUCCUAUACUCAUAGAUACUCUGAUGCCCUUUUGUACUUGCAAGGCAAUCAGCAUAAAAUGUAUAGUGUCAACAGUGAAGCAACACACCACAAUUGAUGAAUAUUAGAAAGAUUGGGAAAUUGGUAGUACAGGAUGAGAUAAGGAAGUCAGCUAGGAUCAUCGUAAUGCAGGAAAAUGUAAGAAAGCUUGAGAGAACAGUACAGGAUGAGAUAGGGAAGUCAGCUAGGAUUGUGGUACUGCAGGAAAAUGUAAGAAAGCUUGAGAGAACAGUACAGGAUGAGAUAAGGAAGUCAGCUAGGAUUGUGGUACUGCAGGAAAAUGUAAGAAAGUUUGAGAGUACACUACAGGAUGAGAUAGGAAAGUAGCUAGGAUUGUGGUACUGCAGGAAAAGGCAAGGAAGAUUGAGAGAACAGUACAGGAUGAGAUAGGGAAGUCAGCUAGGAUUGUGGUACUGCAGGAAAAUGCAAGGAAGUUUGAGAGAACAGUACAGGAUGAGAUAGGACAGUCAGCUAGGAUUGUUGUACUGCAGGAAAU